CACUCAAUCUCCGAGUGCUAUCACAAACUUUUCUCCAAUCCUGGCGAUUUAACGAGCUCUUUAGAUAUAUUGAAAAAAAAGUUAUACGUCAUCUGCGAAGGUGGAUCAUGUAGUGUUCCAAUAUUUAUAAAGCUCCGUGCGAACAAUACAUUGUGGAGGAGGAAAGAGACCUUUAAGGACGAGUUUCUCGCUGCUGUCAGCGACUUGGAUCCACGUUUAAGACAAGAGAAAAGAAGCACGAGUCAGACUUCACACAGUAGCACGUGGAUUUUUGAAGAUGUUCCUUCUGGAGCUCAAUCACUUGUCAGCGCUGGUCACUGCGCUCACAUCAGUGCUCUCCGCCCUGAUCUUGAUUGCUGUCUCCAGGCAACUGUGGACCUUCCGGUGGACCAUUACGCGGGACACAGAGAGCAAGUUGCCGCUACCCAAUGGGUCCAUGGGCUGGCCGCUGGUGGGAGAAACGUUCCACUGGCUCUUUCAGGGGUCCAACUUCCACAUCUCCAGGAGAGAGAAGCAUGGCAACGUUUUUAAAACUCACCUUUUAGGAAAGCCUGUUAUCCGGGUGACUGGUGCCGAAAACAUCCGUAAAAUCUUGCUUGGGGAACACAACUUGGUUUGCACGCAGUGGCCUCAGAGCACCCGUAUUAUCCUGGGACCCGACACCCUGGUCAACUCUAUCGGAGAUUUGCACAAGAAGAAGAGAAAAAUCUUGGCAAAAGUCUUUAGCCGCGGGGCCUUGGAGACUUACCUACCUCGCUUGCAAGAUGUUGUCAAGUCUGAAAUUGCAAAGUGGUGCUCAGAGCCUGGCCCAGUGAAUGUUUACGUCUCAGCCAAGUCUCUCACAUUUCGCAUUGCUGUCAGAGUCUUGUUGGGACUGAAAAUGGAGGAAAAACGCAUAGUUUACCUGUCUAAGAUCUUUGAACAACUCAUGAACAACCUCUUCUCACUACCAAUUGACGCACCUAUGAGUGGCCUCCGCAAAGGAAUAGAAGCCCGGGAAAUCCUACAUGCGUGCAUGGAGAAAAUCAUAGAGGAGAAAAUGCAGAAACAACAGUCUGAUGAGUACUAUGAUGCUUUCGAUUACAUGUUGAUCAGUGCCAAGGAAAAUGGAAAUGAACUCAGCAUGCAGGAGUUGAAGGAAACCGCGGUGGAGUUAAUAUUUGCUGCUCACUCAACUACAGCCAGUGCCUCCACUUCGCUUAUUCUUCAACUCCUGCGGCACCCCGCUGUGGUGGAGAAAGCCCAGAUGGAGCUGGAGUCCGAGGGUCUCGGCUACGAAGCACAUAGCGCCCACAGAUGCUCCGGCAAAGAAAAUGGUCUGAAAGGUCCUCUUGCGGCGGAACAUGAGGAACAUCGGCCUCUGGACGCAGAGGACACCCUGUUGAUGAAUGGGAACGGGACUGUUAAUUGCGCACUGGAUGAAGACGAAGAAGCACGGUGUUCUCGGUCUCAUAUUCCUUGUUUAACUUUGGAGAAACUGAGUCAGCUACGUUACAUUGAAUGUGUCGUCAAGGAGGUCCUGCGGUUUCUCCCGCCAGUGUCUGGAGGAUACAGGACGGUGCUACAAACAUUCGAAUUGAACGGCUACCAGAUUCCCAAAGGAUGGAGUGUAAUGUAUAGUAUCCGGGACACCCAUGAGACAGCUGCAGUGUUCCAGAGACCGGAGAUCUUCGACCCAGACCGCUUCGGGCCGGAGCGUGACGAGAGCAAGACUGGGCGCUUCAAUUACAUUCCAUUUGGUGGCGGAAUAAGAAGUUGCGUCGGAAAGGAACUUGCCCAAAUGAUACUAAAAACCCUGGCAGUUGAGGUGAUUGGCACGUGCAAAUGGACACUCGCCACGGAAACAUUCCCCAAGAUGCAGACGGUGCCAAUAGUCCACCCCGUCAAUGGACUGCAUGUGCAUUUCAAUUACGCAUAGCCUACUCCGAUAGUUUAGAGAUGUCAUUGUGUUAUUAUUAAAAACAUUAACAUUAAGCUCAUUAACUUUCCGCAAUUGCAAUAUUAAGUUAUUCAAUCUGAAUUCAUCAGCAAGAACCCUAUGCUGUGAGAAACACGGUGGUCAUUGUAGAGUGGAACCAAUGCAUGGUGCCAGUGACCUGUGAUGAUCUGCUUAUCGCCAAGAUCGCCUUUUUACGCACUGGGAAAAGUGACUGCAUACAUUUGCUAUUCUUCACGGACAUCCGGGCGCCCACUUCCAUAACAUAGCAAAUCGAAAAAUGAUAGCCUAUAUUUCAGCACCAUAAUUCAAUAUACAAUGGACGAGUAGGGCUUUCCUCUCAGAACAAACAUUAUUUGUGCUCAGGACUGAUUAUAAAUAUCCGUCUAUAAUACGAAAUUGUCUUUCAGAUCUUGCACUUGGUCUCCACGAAAGACUUUCAGAAAUACAUUCCAAAUGUAUGUGUUUAUGUCCAGUAUGUAAUUAGAUUGAAAUGAGAUAUAGGCCUACAUUUCUAGGCUAAAUAAGUGUAUGUGUGUAUGAAAUGAAGUAGUAUUACAAAUAAGCUUUAUUUAUAGAACACUUCGGUUAAGUCUGUGUACAUAUGGAAUAAUAAUGAAUAGGCCUAGUUAUUUAUAAUCAAUGUAAAGCAUAGACCGUUAAAACAAACUAUAGGCCUAGAGUAUCGCUAAUUAUUUGAUUAUAAAGUAUAUACAUCAAAAUGCAAUUAUAUAAACUUAGCUAGAGAAAAUAACCAAUUAUUAUUUGUAUUAUUAUUAUUAUUACAUGUUCCAUCAUUAUGAAUAAUCGUUUGUUGAUUUUAAAGCAUGAUGGAAGCGCUGUGAAAAGACCCGGUUAAGAUGGAUUCAUGGAAGGAGAUAGCACUUUUUCUCCUUUACGGAGUGUGUAUAUACAGUAUUUGUUCUAUUGAUUGAAUGUGUGUAUUGUUGUGUAGAUGUUGCUCGUAUUAUCUAUAGAACGAUGUAAAGGGUAAAUUACAAAAAAAAGUGUAUUUCUGCCAUAGGACAUUUUACCAUACAAAAUGUGCAUUUGCUGCCAUCAUGUUAACCACAAUGUAUAGAUUCCCGUUCUAUAAAAAGAGCAAUAUGAGCUUGUUUAUAGAUAAAAUUGUUAAGGUUUUGAUAAUAUGACAUUUGAUAAGUGUGCCAGUAUUAUCACUGUA